AUGCCAGAAAUAACUAUUAAUGUCAAAUGUUCUAACGACCAGAAAUAUAGCGUAACGAUAGAUACUUCUAAAACGGUGCUAGAGUUUAAGCAAGCUAUUGCAGAAAAAUGUGAUACUACUGCGGAUAGGCAAAGAUUGAUAUAUUCUGGCAGAGUUUUAAAAGACAAUGAUACGCUCGAAACUUAUAAGAUCGCAGAAGGUCAUACAGUCCAUAUGGUGAAAGGUUCAGCUCCUAGUGGCUCGUCACAAACACAGGCGUCUCAACAAUCACAAUCCGCAACAGCGGGUAACACACAGACUCCACAGCAACCAACGGGUUAUUCACCUAAUCCAUUCAUGAUGGGCGGACUCAAUCAAGGUGCAAAUCCUUAUGGUUCUCCAUUUGGUACUACUGGUGGUUUACAGGGCGUAAACCCGUUGGACUUCCUCCAGAAUCCUGCGAUAAUGCAAUAUAUGCAACAAAUGCUUCAAGAUCCUCAAUUCGUUGAAAGUAUGAUCCAAAUGAAUCCUCAAUUCGCACAAAUGGCACCUCAGAUUAGGCAAAUGAUGCAAGAUCCAGAGUUUCAGGCGAUGAUGUCGAAUCCUGAAACUUUGAGGAGUCUGGCUGCUUUACAACCACUUAUGGGAAAUCUUGGGCCAUUCACUGGUGGUGCAAUACCUGGAUUUCCCGGAUACAACAUGCCAGCAACUACAGGUACGAAUCCAGCAACUACAGGCACGAAUCCAACAACCAGUCCAACCACAAAUCCAACCACAAAUCCAACUGCAGGAAAUACUACUGGCACUAGAAAUGACACUACAACAGGAUCUACACCUACAACAAACACCACUACUCCUAGUACCACUACACCAAUUACGCCUAUUAACAAUCCGUUUCUUCCGUUUUUUAACCCUACUGCACAAGGUGCAGCAGGCACUGGAACUAACCCCUCACAACCUCCUAUGAUGCCCCUAUUCGAUCCCUUAUUGUGGGGAGCACUUGGUGGACAAUUGAACGAUAUGGGAUUUGUGGAUGCACAAAAAAAUAUUCGAGCAUUACAAAUUUGUCAGGGAAAUGUGAAUUUUGCUAUUGAAAGACUUUUAGAUCCUUCAUUUUAA